UCAACAAGCCGCCAAGCACUCCAGUGCAUCUCCGGGCGUUUGCCGGCGUGCUGAGCCGAUUGACCUGGCCAUAAGAUAACUAGUUGUCGUCCGGCCUUUCCGUCUUUUCUUCUUUUCCCAGCGAAGUUGACUCUUCCGCUGCCCCUCAAUUGCCCUUCCAUUGAGCCCUUUCCCCUUCGUUGACAGCCGAACCGCCAACAUGAAGGCCGCCGCCGCUCUUUCCGCGCUCUCUAUCCUGGCUUCUGCCGAAGCUGCUGAGACCGUCCUUGGAGCAUACAUUUUCCAUCGUCAUGGAGACCGCACACCAAAGUCACUUGCCCCGACCAACUUGACCACUCUGGGCUAUGAACAGGUCUAUACGUCCGGCCAGUACUACCGCUCGCGCUACCUGACUGGCUCCUCCAAGAUCCGCGGCAUCAACGAGGAUACCGUGAAGCUCACCCAGCUGGCGGUGACGGCGCCCGUCGACAAUGUGCUCCAGAACUCGGCUAUGGCCUUCUUGCAGGGAUUGUAUCCGCCGGUGGGGCAGACGGUGCAAACAUUGGCGAACGGCAACAGUGUGCAGAGUCCGAUGGAUGGCUAUCAGUUGAUUCCGGUGAAUACGAUUUCGACGGGAUCCGGGAGUGAGGAUAACGGAUGGCUGCAAGAUGCGUCAACCUGCGGGGAUGCGAAAAUCAGCUCGAACAACUACUUCACGAGUGCCGAGUACAACAACCUCUUGUCGAGCACCGAGGACUUCUAUGCGUCGCUGGUUCCUGUCGUCAAUGGUACGCUCAAUGAAAAGGAUGUGAACUAUAAGAACGCCUAUAUCGUCUACGACCUCAUUAACGUAGCCGAGAUCCACAAUUCUUCCAUUCCGGAUUCAGAGGUCCUCACCAACUCCACCCUCUUUCAGCUCCGCACUCUUGCGGAUGCUCACGAAUAUGGCCUGGCUUACAAUGCCUCGGACGAUGUGCGCGCCAUUUCCGGUAUGCAGCUCGCUGGUGAAAUCCUCAAGUACCUGAACAGCACAAUCACCUCCGGCACCGCAGGCUCCAGCUCCAACAAAUUCGGCAUCCAGUUCGGCGCCUACGGCACGUUCCUGUCAUUCUUCGGCCUCACGAACCUUACCGCGAAGAACACGAACUUCACUGGUGUACCCGACUACGCUAGCUCCAUGGCUUUCGAGCUGUUCACGAAUGCGGAUGUCUCAGGCGGUUUCCCGAGCACCAGUGACCUCCAAGUGCGCUUCUUAUUCCACAACGGCACCGUCUCGAACUCCAGUGAACCCACUAUGUACCCGCUCUUCGGUGGCAACGCCGACUCCAUCUCUUGGAACGACUUCUCGAGCGGUCUGAGCAAGUUUGCCGUCAGCACGACGGAGGAGUGGUGCCACAAGUGCGGUAACACCACUGGAACCUGCGCUGCUUAUGCCUCCAACAGCAACAACCCAUCGACCGAGCAGAACAGCAGUGGUGGGAGCCACAUGUCUGCCGCUAUUGGCGGUGUUAUUGGUGCUUUUGUCACGCUUGCUGUUGUACUGGGCAGUUUGGCGGCGUUCAUGCUGCUGGGUGGCUUCAGGCUUGUGAGCAAGAAGGCGCUUGCUCCACGGGACACUCCAGUCUCUGAGACGGCGGCAAACAAAGCUUGAGGAAUGAGGCCCCUUCUUCAGAAGAGACGUUCAACACCUCAGAUGAGACAGGUGGUAGAGGUAUAUGCUUAAUGUGUAUGAUGUGGAAGAGGAUGUAAAGACUCGAAACAUGGCUGAGCAGCAACGCGAGAUGCCAGUGUAAUGAGGACGCAGAUAUCAUGAACGGCGAAAUAUUAGCAAAUACCCAAAUGGAAGCAUGGCAGCUCUGAACAUUAUCUCAGUGCUCAAAUGACAACCGUUCUAUAAUACAAGC